GAAAACAAAAAAAAAACAACUUUUCACAAGGCAAAGAAGCGCAACUUUUGUAUUUUUUUUUCUCAGUACAAUUCUUUAUUUCUGCCCUCUUCAGAAGUUAAUAUUUCAAUUGAAAUUAAACAGUUCUAGUGCAAAUUGUAUCUUACCUACAUAGAGCUUAUUCAUAAUUAAUCAUGGAAGUUGAGCAGAAUUACGAAGGGGAUGAUUAUCAUCACACCAUUGAACCUAUGGUUAUUAUAAACAGUCAAGAAGAUGAAGAAGAAAAAAAUAAUACAAAUUUCAAAGAUACUUCACAAGAAAUAACAAAAACUUCUUCAAAAAACACGGGACCAGACGUAUCAAUAUUCCCACUAAAAAAAAAACCUAAAGCCUCCUUCAAAAUAAAACUGUUCGGUAAUCGUUUUGCAAACAAAGCUGAAUUUUUCGAAGAAGAUGAUUACAAUAACACUCAAACCAAAACAAUUAGAACUCCAGGUUGCAGAACUCCAGUGAGACUGAUCACAAAGGAAGAAGCCUUGAUGGCCGACGAACCUUAUGCCAAAAGAAAAAGCAGCCCCUUGGAACAAUGUCCUUUAUGCAAAAAGUUUUUCAGGCGAAUGAAAACUCACUUACUGAAACAUGAAGUUUUGCAAAACCAAGAGGCUUGCGCUGGGCUGAUUUGUAUGAUUUGCAAUAAGGCUUUCAAUAAUCAUACAAAUCUACAAAUUCAUAUGAGGACUCACACUGGCGACAAACCGUACAUUUGCGACGUGUGCGAUAAAUCCUUUUCGCAAAGCUGCAAUUUAGUGAACCACAUGCGAAUUCAUACGGGCGAGAAACCGUUUAAAUGUCCGCACUGUGACCGGGCCUUUACCCAAUCCGGCAAUUUGAACAAUCACAUUCGGUUGCACACCGACGAGAAACCGUUCAAAUGUCACGCCUGUGAUAAAGCUUUCGUGCAAAGCGGCAAUCUUAAUUCGCAUAUUAGGAAUAAUCACAGAGUGAAACUGGUUUGUUUUACCACAUAAGAUUUACAACAGCAAUAGAUAUAAAAUGCCUAAAAUUGGAGUCGCCUUCAAUCAAAUACCUCUGAAGAAUGUUGCUAUACAUGACAACAUGUUGUAUUUCAAUCAUUUCCACACUCAUUUAUGUGUAGAAAGUAUUACUUUCCCGUACUCAGUGCAGUUAUUAGGUGAAUAACUAUUUUUUGUGUAAAAUUUAUUUAUUAGGUUUUGUCUUUUUUCUCAAUUUUUGUGUGUAGCUCAGAUUCGGAACUGUCAAAAAGUUGGAAUUUUUAAGUUUUUGUGAUUGCAAUAAGGAUAAAAAAAUAUGAUAAUAUGUGAUAAAAAUUAUGUUCGUUUGCUUGUCAUUAAGGGCAUUUUGUAAAUAGUUUUGAUGUAAGUAACUAAAAGGAGCGGAAAAAAUGAAUCAGUGCCUUUUUGGCAUAAAUAUAUUUGAAAAGACUUGGUAAAUGUAUGUAAUAUAAUAACUAAGUAGAUUUAAUAUAAUAUAAUAAUUAUUCUUCCUAUUUUCAUUUUGACAGUUUUUAAUUGUAGUGCCAUGUAUACAGAUCUCAUUUUUUUUUUACCUUUUUAUUGUAACUAGUUUUAGGUAUUAUUAUAGGGGAAAUUAGUUGAGGAAAUUCUCCCUAGAUGUCUAGUCAUCAGGUUUUAAAAAUUUGUGUCCCCAUUUUGUGUGAUUUUAAUAUCAUAUUAUAUAAGGCAAUAUUUAUAUAUUUUUUUGUGUGCAAUUUAUAUGAUCUCCAUUUACUUAUAUACAAAUAAGAUGAAAAGCUAGAAACUUUACUUAUGACGGCUGAUGUUCCUGGAAAAAUGUUUUAAAAAUGGAUAAAUAUAUGUAUUUGUUUUUCUCAUGACGUGUAUGGAUGCUAUAUUAUUUAAUAUCAAUAUUAUAGAAUUUUUUUGUAAUCGAUGAAACUAUCAAUAAAUAAAUAAUUCUGACAUAUUGAUUUAUUGAAAUUGGUACAAAACCAUGUAUAAUUGUUAUCACAGUUAGUUGCAAUGUUAUCACAAGUUAGUUUAUCGCAUGAAAUAAAAAAUGCAAAUUAAUGAAUCAGUAAAAUUAUUAAAAGAAUUUUUUAAAAUUAUCAUUUCGAACUACUUUCGCUGCCACUGUCAGGGAACCAACCCUUUCGACCGGGUUCCGAAGGUUUGCCCCAUUUCGCCCUGGAAGCUCCUCUAAUUUCUCUUGUAGUUUCCCUUGUAGUGGUUCCUCCAGGAGUUUGAGCAAC